UUCUGAUAUUUUCGUAAUCGAGUAGGCAGAGUUUCUCUUCGUGUAGCUCUCAAUGGACAGUCAGGAGACUAUAAAGAACAAUAAAUGGCGCAAUAAAAAGCAGAGAAAGGAGUCGGAAAAGUAAAGAAGGGAGACUAAUUAGAAGUUUAUAUGCCUGCUUCUCUCUCCACUUAGUUCUGAGUAGAGAGGAGGAGAGGAGAGGGGAGUUGGAUGGCGGAUGAAAGCUUUGGCCUUUGUGAUUGUUUGUUAGAAGGCUGAAGUCGUUAGAUUUGCGGUUUCUUCCUCUUUUUCUUUUUUCUGAAACUGUUUGCUUUUAGUUUGUGAGGUUGUUUGUUGUUUUCCCGGGAAGACUGACAGGGAGCAGAGAGCAGGUGUACUCCAUGGAGGGAGCAUGAUGGGGUCUCUGCUGCUGAAUGCUGGUGUGGAGAAUGCCUACUUAUAGAAGACAACCAUAGAAGCCAUGGCAAUGGCUUUGUAAGGAGAUGUGACUUCGGGAGUUAAUUGAAGGAAUUUGGAUGUUGGGGUUUGAGCCUUCUUGAAUGAUCAAGCGUUGGAUCUUAAACAAGUUUUUAAAGAAAAUCAAAUCAAAUCUGACGAAAGAAAAUCGCAUUCAUUAAACGCAUGGAGUAAUGUUUACGGUGUCAGUUUAGUGCUCGUGGUUGUCUCCCCUUUAUAAUUAUUGCUCGCUGGCCUACACAGUGCUUUGUUCUUCAUCUUCGUCCAUCAGUCCACUCUCUGAUUCCAUGUCUUGUGUUAUCUGCUAAGAAAAAGUUGAAGAGACGUUUCUUCUGCUUUCUGUCUUCUGCCUCAAUUUGCGUUGAGAAGAAGAGUUUCUUGUUCUCCAUAUUCUGAAACUUUUAUCGAAGUCGUGUUUUUGAAUUUAAGAAGAUGAAGUUUAUGAAGCUUGGUUCGAAGCCCGAUUCCUUCCAAACAGAUUGCGACAACAAUAUGUUUGUGGCAACUGAGUUGGCGAGUGACAUCAUUGUAAAAGUGGGAGAUGUGAAGUUUUUUCUACACAAGUUCCCCCUUCUGUCAAAGAGCAAUCUCAUGCAAAAGCUGGUGGUUUCUGCUAGCGAAGAAAACAUUGAUGAGAUUCACAUCCCCGACAUUCCAGGAGGACCUGCUUCCUUCGAAAUAUGUGCCAAGUUUUGUUACGGCAUGGUCGUUACCCUCAAUGCUUACAAUGUCGUCGCCGUGCGUUGCGCGGCGGAGUAUCUCGAAAUGCACGAGACAGUCGAGAAAGGCAAUCUCGUCUAUAAAAUCGAAAUCUUCCUGAGCACCGGCAUCUUGCGGGGAUGGAGAGACUCCAUCCUUGUCCUUCAGAGCACUACAUCUCUGCUACCAUGGUCUGAGGACCUCGAGUUAGUAAGCCACUGCAUUGACUCAAUAGCUUCCAAGGCUUGCAUGGAUAUUUCUAAGGUUAACUGGUCAUACACGUACAGCAGAAAGAGAUUGAUCAGUACUGAAAAUGGUAUUAGAGGACAGCAGUCUGGGCCGAAGGAUUGGUGGAUUGAGGACUUAUGCGAGCUUGAUUUGGAUUUAUAUUCAAGGGUUUUAUCAGCCAUUAAGGCAAAGGGGAGAGUGUCGCAAAAGGUGAUAGGGGAAGCACUGAAAGCUUAUGCUUAUAGAAAACUUCCAGCUUUUGGGAAAGCCAAAGCGGCUGAAAGAUGCAAUUUUGUGAAAAGUGCGUCGAUUUUAGAGGCUAUUGUUGGGCUAUUGCCAUCAGAGAAAGGCUCGGUUUCAUGCAGGUUCCUUCUCAAGCUACUGGGAAGUGCAACAAUGCUGAAUUGCAGUGAGAUUAUAAAGAUGGAUUUGGUGAAGAAGAUUGGAAGGCAGUUAGACGAAGCACAUUUGUCUGAUCUAUUAUUUCCUGCUCUUGGAGAGGAAGAAGACACAAUUUAUGAUGUGCAAAUGUUUCUUAGUAUAGUGAGGGAGUUUGUUCUGGCUGAGAGACAGGAACCAGAUCUUGUUUUGCAUGGCACAAAGAUAGCUGUUGGGAAAUUGGUUGAUGGAUAUCUAGUGGAGAUUGCGAAGGACCCUAAUCAGUCCCUCACAAAAUUCAUGGAACUUGCUAAUAUAAUACCAACUGAUGCAAGGCCAGUGCAUGAUGAACUCUACCAGGCCAUUGAUUUAUAUAUGAAGGAGCACCAAGAACUCAGCAAGAGUGAAAGAAAGAAGCUUUGCAGCAUCAUGGAUUGCAGAAAGCUUUCCCCGGAGGCCAGCGCUCAUGCUAUACAGAAUGAGAGUCUUCCACUGCGUGUGGUGGUGCAGGUCCUCUACUUUGAGCAGCAAAGAGCAACCGCCCCUCCGGCCACCACAUGCAAUGGCUGCUCCGGCACCGCCGAGAUCGGAAGCGGCUCCAACGGAAGCCUGAGAUCAGUCGUAACAGAGGAGAACAUGGACUCUGUACCAACAGUUGAAGACAUUAAAUCCUUGAAGAGCAUGGUGUUGGUUAAUGGUGCAAUGAAGGCCGGCCAUAGGAACAGCAGUGGUGAUUCGAACAAAGCCAGCAAGGACAAAGGUAGCGAGAGGGUGAAGGCCAUUGCCAUGCCGAAGAAGAUAUUUGGGAAGCUGUUACCGAACAAGGGAGGCAGUGGCUCUGAUACCACAGGCAGUCCAGAUUUGGAGAAACCAGAAGAGUCAAAGUCUACUCCAUUAAGGAAUAGAAGGCAUUCUGUUUCAUAGUAGAGCUGCUUAUUUAUUUGAAAGAAGCAGUGGUUCUUUGGUAGGCGAGUAAGGAUAUAUUACAUGUAUUAUAGAGAGAAAAAAGAAGUAAAUUUGCACUUUUUAAGUUUAUGAGAAAUUGUAUGAAUUCUCAUCAUUUGUAUAAUUAACUGUUG